CGCGCGCCCAGCUCGGCGGCCUGGCAGCCGCGGAGUCGAGCGGCGGUCGGCGUGAGCGGGGCCGGAGCGCCCAGGCGCCGGGUAUCAUGACAGCGUUAGCCGCCGCCUCCUUCUUCUCCAACAUCUGUAAUUUCGGUGGAUGCGGCCUCACCUUCAACACCCUGGCAGAACUUAUCGAGCACAUUGAAGACAUCCAUAUAGAAAAUGAUCCCAAGGUUUUGGAAAGGCAAGAACAACAGCAGCCAUCAUAUAUCGCACUAAGUUACAUCAACAGGUUUAUGACUGAAGCUGCUCGCCGUGAACGGGAACAAAUGAGAAAAAGACAUCAGGCCAAAUUAACACCAGCUCUUUCCAGUCCUGUGGGAAGAGGAGGCACGCCUGCAUCACCUCACCCUGGCAAUGGGACCUCAGCUUUUCCAGGAACACCGCCAGUUACACCAUCUUCUUCUGCCUGCAGUGGAACUCCAACUGGCAGUGAAUUAGAUGAAGAAGAAAUUGAAUGUGAAGAUUCCGACAGUGAUGAAUCAUGGACAACAGAAAGUGCUAUUAGCUCUGAGACUAUUCUAAGCUCAAUGUCCUUGAAUGGGGAUGAUGAGAAGCCAUUUGCUUGCCCUGUACCUGGCUGUAAAAAGAGGUACAAGAAUGUUAAUGGAAUCAAGUACCAUGCCAAGAAUGGCCAUCGUACUCAAACCCGUGUCCGGAAACCUUUCAAGUGCCGCUGUGGGAAAAGUUACAAGACUGCUCAUGGGCUUCGUCACCACACCAUCACCUUUCAUCCACCAGUGUCAGUUGAUAUGCUUAGAAAGAUGCAGUUGUGAGGCAUUUUCCCCCGUACCUGACUGAACUGCUAAUUGCAGACUCAGUGAUCUGCUAACAGGGGUGAGUGAAGAGAUUGAAUUUUCCCUCAAAACUAAUUGUUACAAAUCUUGAAAAAAUUGCUCUUUAUUCUUUAUUUUUAAAUGAACUGUUUCUGUAUGAAAUAAACUUUUUUUAGUUAGAAAAUUGUGUUCCCAUAAUGGCAUCAAAUGCUGCUAACAAAUUAGAUACAGUAUUUUAAAUAUUAAUUUUGAAUUCCAGUGAUAGUACUUGAUUAUUAGUGCUUCUAAAAGCACUUUUUUUUUCUUUAUUAAGCUACAACAUUCAAUUUUAGGUCACAACUUAAAAUUGAGGAUACAAUAAUUUUAUUUUUUUUUAUUGUAAAAUGUUUUUAAAAAUGUUACCGGUUGUAUACUAAGGUGCUGCUACACUUUAGACCGAGAUGUUACAAACCUGGGGUCUAAUUAAAGGCAAGCUGCAUUCAUCAUUAUCAUUUGUAGAGUAGCAGUCUACUUUUGUGGGGAAUCACACCCUAACCGACCUUUCUGUCAUAUACCACUAGAUUGAAUGUCAUGCUGUGCCAGAAUUGUUUUGGGGUGAGAAGUGGGGAAGCAAUCCUCUUACCAUAUAAUAAAAAUUUCUCUGGAUCAAUUCUUGGGUACAUUGACAGUUGUU